CAAUGUUUCCGAUCAGAGUGUGGUUCACCUGCCUGGUGAUAGUCUCCUUCAACUCCUUUCCCGCCUACUCCUGGGACUAUUGCCAGGAGCACUGGUGUCCGCGUUCCACCGACCACGUAGCGUGCAACAACAACGGGACGUUUGGCCUCGAUUGCGGAAGGGAGGCCAGACUAAUCCCGCUCAGCAAUCAGCUGCAGGCGUUUAUUGUGCAUCAGGUAAACUUCUAUCGCAACCAGGUGGCUUCGGGCGGACUCUCCGCCUUCUUACCCGCCCACCGAAUGGCUAGUGUCCGCUGGGAUCCCGAGCUGGCACAGCUGGCGGAGCUGGCGGCCAAGAGGUGCAGUUUGUCCGGCGAUGGAUGCCGCAACACCAGGCGAUUCAAGCACGUGGGCCAGCUGACGGGCCACGUGAUCUUCAGUGCGGGAAAGCACAGCGACUUGGAGCUGCUGCGCCACAAGAUCUCCAACUGGUUUGGCCAGUACAUGAGAGCCAACGAGGAUCUGCAAGUCGCCGAUCCAGCUAGCAAUAUCACCAGUUUCCGGCAGUUGAUACAGGAAAGCUCCACCCACAUGGGAUGCGGCGUGCUCCGCCAGAAGAGUCACGUGCUGUGGCACCAGCAGUUCAUCGUCUGUAACUUUGCCCGCGGAAAUAUGCCCCACGAGCAGGUCUACCAGGUGGGCGUGGCUGCCACAGGAUGCAGGUCGGGAAGGAAUCCGCGCUACCCCUAUCUCUGCGCUCUGCAGGAAGAAUACGAUGUAAACACCGUCGACCGCUUUCAGUCAAAGCAGCCACUUAGGAUUAGGAUCAAGUACAGCGCAUCCCAUCCAUCGAAUGUUUUGGGAGCUGAUCGUGGUGUAGCCUUCCAUCCCAAUAUCAAGUUGGGACGUCUUUAAUAUAUCUGGAGUUGAAUGGGUACUUUCUUAAAUAUAUUCCAAAUGUAACUUUCACUAGAUUAAAAUUCUUUACAUUUUC